CUGACUUCGGAGGAGAGAUCACGGAGACAGUAGGAAGUCAACAGGAGAAAUAAUCAUGUCUAUUCUAGGGCAGGUCACUUUCUACUGCCUACAGGCUAAUGCACAGACAUUUUGAAGGGGCAGGGGCUGAAAAGGAAAAAGGGCAGCAUGAAUAUGAAUUAAACUUAAUUUAAUUUGUAGUAUAUUGCAAUCACUCUUAUCAAGACAGACCAGUGCCGUAGUGGGUAACUGGGAAAAUCAGCAGGAUUCCCUGGGCAUGCAGCGUUUGGGGCCGGUUACUGUGAGCUAAUGUAAAAACUGACACAUGUAAGCACUAAAACACUCAGACUGGCUAUAAAUGUUAAAUCCAUGUGUAUAUCUGUAAUAGUUUAGGGGUUAAACCAGCAGCCCCCACCUUAAGUGGUACAGUCCCAGUUUACUGACUGUAACUGAGAAGGAAAUUCAAAUAAGAAGCUGAUGCCUCGGUAGAUUCAGGUAUCAAGUUUAGUGUGAUGGUGUGAAUCUGGUUUAGCACUUUUUUUUUUGCAUUACAGAUGUAGCAGUUUUCAUAAGUGAAUCGUGAUGAUGGACAGAAGCGGCAAGAACGGCAAAAAACAAGGUGGCACUGAGAAGCCAAGGAUGAAAAAGCUAGGAGGAUGAGGACAUAUCCGAGCAGUCUUGUCGGGAAUGAAGGCUGCGAUGGCGUCGUAUCUGUCCUUUUUCUUGUUGCUGUGUGUGGACGUGUGUGUGGUAAAGACACUGGGUGUGGGGCAGCUCUCUUCACUGCUGGUCCCACAGGCGUUUACCACACUCUGGGCUGUGGGGCUGCUGAGGGUCUGCUUGCUUCUCCUCACAGUCUUCUCUUACCCGGGCAGCCCAGCCUGGCUCAGAAGCUUCGAGGGAGUCCAGACUGUAACCGUUCACGGUUUGUUGUAUCCUGCCUACAUUACGUUUCUCUGGGCGUGCGGCUGGUCGACGGUGGAGCUUCUGUGGGGAUGGCACACCUGGGAAGCGCUGCUGCAGGGCUAUGCUGUCCUGGCUCUGUCUCUGCUGCUGUGGAAACGCUACGUCCCAUCCAUUUUCUCAAAGGCUAAGGUGAAAGCCCCCAAGAAAGGCCAGACAUCCCUGCAGAGGCUCCUUGGAUACUUAAAGCCGUACCGCAACCGCUUCACUGUGGUCAUCUCCUUAGUGUUCCUGUCCUCCCUUGGAGAGAUGGCGAUCCCUCAUUACACGGGUAAAAUGACGGACUGGAUCAUGAAAGAGGACGAACCUGAGGCUUUCAGUAACGCCAUCAAGGUCAUGUCGGUCAUGACCAUCAUGAGUGCUGUGCUUGAGUUCGUGUGUGACCUGAUCUAUAACAUCACCAUGAGCCUCAUCCACACCUCCAUUCAGAGUCAGGUCUUCCAGUGCGUGCUCAAACAGGAAAUCGCCUUCUUUGAUCAGAUUUCAACAGGUGAGAUUGUGUCUCGGAUCACCACGGACACCAACACCAUGAGCGAAAGCCUGAGCGAGGAGCUGAGUCUGCUGAUGUGGUACUCCUUCCGCAUGCUCUUCCUGCUAAGCUCCAUGCUGUAUCUCUCUGCCCGGCUGACCAUCUUCACCGUCCUCGGCCUUCCUGUUAUUUGGAUCAUCCCAGAGUUUACCGGAAGGUUCUACCAGACACAUUCUGUAAAAGUGCAAGAAUCUCUGGCCAAGGCGAAUAACGUUGCCACGGAAACGUUCUCGUCCAUAAAGACUGUGAGGAGCUUCGCCAAUGAGGACGGAGAGACGGAGAGGUACAGGAAGUGCCUGGAGGACACCUACUCGCUCAACAAAGUGGAAGCUGCUGCUUACGCUGCCUCAACCUGGACCAACAGCAUGUCCACUCUGGCUUUGAAAGUCUGCAUCCUGUACUAUGGGGGGCAGCUGGUGGCAGGAGGUGAUGUCAGCAGUGGUGAUCUGGUGUCUUUCGUGCUUUACGAACUUCAGUUCACUUCUGCCAUGGAGGCUCUGAUGUCUUACUACCCUCGUGUGAAGAAGGCUAUCGGAGCCUCACAAAAGAUUUUCGAGUAUGUGGACCGGAAGCCAGAUAUUCCUCCUGAAGGAUCUUUAGCUCCUGAGAAACUUGAGGGUCAUGUUUGCUUCAACAACAUCACCUUUGCCUAUCCCACAAGGCCUGAACAGAAUGUUCUCAAGACUGUUUCUUUGGAGCUGAAGCCGGGGAAGGUCACUGCCCUUGUAGGUCCAGCAGAUGGAGGCAAGAGUACCAUCGUCCGGCUGCUGGAGAGGUUUUACCAGCCCCAGAGUGGUGAGAUCUUACUGGAUGGAGAGCCACUGCUAAACUACAAGGACGAGUACCUGCAUGAGAAGAUUAGCGUGGUGUCCCAGGAACCAGUGCUGUUCGCCCGCUCCAUCAGGGACAACAUCAAAUAUGGCAGAGUGGCCGCCUUCGAUAAAGACAUUGAGGAAGCUGCCAAACUGGCCAGUGCACACAAAUUCAUCAAGAGCUUUCCAGAAGGCUACGAGACCGAUGCUGGACAAAAGGGAGGCCAAGUGUCUGGAGGUCAGAAACAGCGGAUAGCCAUAGCAAGAUCUCUGAUUCGACAGCCGCAGAUCCUCGUGCUGGAUGAUGCCACCAGUGACCUGGAUGACCACAAUGUACAUUUGGUUCACCAGGCCGUGCUGAACUCCAGCUCAAGUCAUCGCACGGUUCUCCUCAUCACCCACCGGAUGAGCGGAGUGGAGCUGGCUGAUAAUGUGGUCUUCCUGCGGGCUGGCGAGGUGUUGGAGCAGGGCAGCCAUGCUGAGCUUCUGGAGAGGAACGGACCCUACGCUGAAUUCGUACAGCAGCAGAACGUCAGCUUCUACCGCAAAACGGAUGAAACAACGGACAGCGACUCCUCUUCCUGAAAGGCCUGGUGCAUGUUUAACAAACCGCACAACCUGACAACAAGCAGAAUCUUUGUUUGAAUUGAAAAUGCACUAUACACUGAAAUUUAGUACAAACGCGUCAGAUUUGUGGUCUGAUUCAUGUGAGUUUUCAUCCAGUCAAAAAAGAAGUUAUUUGGAUUUGUUUGAUUUAAAUGUGUGUAUCAGUUGCACAUGAAUAAAAUACAUUACAUGAGCGAUUACUGCCAAAAGCAAGUAAACUUAGACAGCAAUUUUGAGGCAUUUGAUUUAUGUGCAACUGAUGUUUGAAUCAGGUCAAUUCAAAGCACUGCGUACUGCAUAACAGUAGUGCACAUCUAAGUCUUUGUCUAAUCCCAGAAACGUACUUCAUGCAAGUAUGUAAAUGCAUGCGCUUCAAGCUACACAGACAGUUCAGCACCAUAGCCCUGUAUAAUCAAUAGAAUGCUCAAGCUGCGUUCUGAGCAUGACAGCAAGGGGGCGCUAUAUUGGCAGCCAGGCGUGGCUGAGCAGCCCUGUUCUCGCAGCUUGCUUUCUCCUGGUCAAUGCUCCUGGCGGACCAGCAGUUUGACAAGUUCCCUGCAGAACCGGUUUACUCGUAUAAACAUAAAUAUGAUCUGCCUCCUCUUCAUAAAUAAAGCAGAACGCACUCGUCUGCUGUCCACAUGUUUAGUUGCUGUGGCUUUUGGAGAAACAUAAGAUCCUGGACUGAGCUUCCCAAAAAGAUCUUAGCUCAAAGACUAUUCCUAAAUGGUAGAGCGAGCAUCAUAGCGAACACUGUCUCUACCCAAAUGAUAUUAACGCCAAGAUGCUUUUGGGAAUCUGGGCCCAGAUUUGUCUUCUCUCAUCCUCUUGAGUAGUUAAGUGAUACUUUUUUAAUCCCACAAACGGGGAAAUUCCACCUCUACAUUUACCCCAUCCGUGAAGUGAAACUCCACAUACACACUAGUGAACACACACACUAGGGGGCAGUGAGGACACUU